AUGGCUAUGGCCUCGCCAUUCUCUUCAUUGCAACAUGCAAUUUCUGUUGCCAGAGAGAUAUGGUUUCACAAAAUGAAUGUGUGGUGUUGGUUGGAGGCUAUUUCAGGACGCUCUUGUUUCAAUGAAUACUUGGAAAUGGCUAACAAAUCUAUCAUGCAGGAACUUUAUAAAUGGGGAUCAAUGUAUGAGAAGAAAAUUGGAUAUGUUUUUGUGACAUGUGCAUCUGGAAAAAGCUCUGAAGACAUACUUGCUGAAUUGAAGAUGGGGGCAGAGAUUGAUUCAACAGACAAUUUAGACGACAUCUCCUCUGCUGGCAUUGACAUGUCCAUGCAGUUUGACCUGAAUAAAGUAUCGAAAGAAGACAAUAUAACUUUAGAUGACCAACAGGUAGAAGAUGACGUACAUAUUGCAAAAUAG